UGAUCAACUGUGUCCAAUCACAACUGAUCACAUGUACACAGAUCAUCAGACCACUGAUAAUCAGUGUGCCCUGAUGAUCUGUGUAGCCCCAGCAGUGCCACCUGUCAGUGUCCAUUAGUGCCAGCUCUCAGUGCUCAUCCAUGCCACCUGCCUGCCCCAGUGCCACAUUUCAGUGCCACAUCAAUGCCACAUAUCAGUGCCCAUCUGAGCUGCCUUUCAGUGUCAUCCAUCAGUGCCAGUCAGUGCCACCUAUCAAUGCCAGUCAGUGCCACCUAUCAGUGCUGCCAAUCAGUGCCACCUAUCAGUGCCAGUCAAUGCCACCUUUCAGUGUGCAUCAGUGCUGCCUGUCAGUGCCACCUAACAGUGCCAGUCAGUGCUGCCUAUCAGUGCCAUAUAUGAGUGCUGCCUUUUAGUGCCCAUCAGUGAUGCCUGUCAAUGCCCAUCAGUG